ACAAGAUCUAGAAUUUUAGGUGUCGUACAUACGAAGAAAUUACAAAGUAAAGUAGGGCCUAUUGUGUAGUAAACUAGAAUCUGGAUCUAAAUUCUAGAUUAGAUCUAGAUAGCAUCAAACAUGCUUACAUUUUGUCCUGUUUGCGCCAAUGUUCUUAUAGUUGAAGAAGGUCCAGAGAGUAUGAGAUUUGCUUGCAAUUCGUGCCCAUAUGUACAAAAUAUCACAAGAAAGAUCUCCCACAAGGUGUAUCCAAAACUGAAAGAAGUAGACGAUGUGCUGGGUGGAGCGGCAGCUUGGGAGAAUGUUGAUUCCACAGAAGUAACCUGUCCCAAGUGUGAAAACAAGAGAGCCUUUUUUAUGCAAAUCCAGACCAGAUCAGCUGACGAGCCUAUGACCACUUUUUACAAAUGCUGCAAUAUGGCCUGUGCACACAGAUGGAGAGAUUAAAAUGUUUAUGUCCAGGGUUUGGGUGGGACUUUUAUUAUUUUCAUGGCUGAGUUGUUGAGCUGAUAUUGUACAUAGUGUAAAAUAAAUCUACAUUUAUCACAAAGCA